AUGAUUGCUGUAAUAGGAAUGAAUAACCAACGAAGUAGCAGUGAUAUCACUUUUAAAGACGAAGACUCUGCGAUCGAGGGCAGUGGAUAUAAUGGAGAGGUGACGCACGACCUGGAAUCAAGUGGUUCUGGUUUUGGACCAGAUGACGAAGAUGAUCAUGAUAACGAUAAGCAGGAUAGAAUAAUAGAACCAAAAAUAAAUCAACCUCCAGAACCAAGUUUCCCUAGAAACAUACCGGAACUGGAAACUGAGAAAGACAAAGACAAAGAAACUAAAGGUUCGCCUAACACUACGUUGGAUCCAACUGUCAGAAUGAAUUCAAAUGAUCGCCCCACUUCGUUCUUUACACAACCCGGCAUGAUGGCUGAUAACCAAAUUGAAGUGUAG